AUGGGAAUAUUACAACUAAUAACGAUAAUUAAACAAAGUCGUCUUAAUGCACCGCAACUUCAAUCUUUUACUACCCAAGUAUCCCGCCCGACACUAUCUCAAUCGCCGUUACCUGGUCCAUCUAGAAUUUACUAUGAACCUCAAGGAAUACAAAAACAAGCAGAAGGAAAUAUGAUAUCACCAAGUACACGUCAAUAUUAUGAGCAAUUCUAUUCCGAAAAUCCGUCUUCGAACGACUCUCAAUCAUCCUACGCAGGCUCCGACUUCUCUGAGAUUGAUUUUGCCAACUGA